AUGGCUUCCACCUCCCCCGACGGCCAACAGCAACAGAAAUUCGACCUCGCCAUCACACUCCUCCUCAACACCUGGCCCUCGCUCACCCUGGCCGUGCAAUCGUCCUGGGGCGGCCCCAGCUCCAGCGACAAACGCGACUGGCUCUGCGGCGCCAUUUCGGAGAUUUUCGCCACACGGCCCGAGACAGACUCGUACGAUGUCGAAGAUAUCCUAAUCCAGGUGAUGAACGACGAGUUCGAGGUUGCCGUCGACGACGGGUCGGCGGCUGCGGUGGCCGAUCAGAUCAUGGCGGCCAAGGCCAAGAUUGACGACGGCGAUUACGAGGAAGUUGAUCGGAUGUGGGCAGAGUACAAGGAGAAGGCCGAGAGGAGAGGCGGUCAACAGGAGAAUAUCUUCAGACAGGUUGAUACAAAGGAUGAGGAUCAGGAAACGGAUGAAGAAGAAGAUGAUAGUGAGGAUGAUGAUGAUGAGAUGAGUGAGGCGCCUGCGCUGGUUGCUAGGCCGCCAAAGGAAAAAUUCGAGCCUGAGGUCGACGAGGAUGGGUUCACAAAGGUUGUUGGGAAGAAGAGAUGA